AAAUUAGCAGUAAUAAACUCAGUUGAGUGCAUAACAAUCUUGGCAUGUACUGUGCAUACAGUGUACUUCAAGCUACCCAAACUCCGAAGCAGUUCUGUCUUCCAUACUGACAAGUGACAACAAGAACAGAUUCAGAAUCCCCAAGCACUCGCAUGCGAACGACCGUGCUCUACCUCUUACGCUAUCGUGUGCACAAGUGCACAACUAACGCAUCAUUUCCCGGCGCGCCAUCCUCCGCUUCGAAGGCAGCAGCAGCACAGCUCCAUCUACAAAUACCACCCCCUCUCGUGCUCUUCCCAAACCAUUCCAACCUUGCUGCUCAUCUCAGCACUACUUACCGGCGUUGCCGUCAGCGACGAGCCAUGACCAUGAAGCCUAACGAGGUGCUCGUCCUCGUACUCGUACUGGCCGUGGUCACCUCUCCAGGCACGGUGUGCGGGGCGUCCCGGACAGCGCCGGCGGCCGCGACGAAGUGCGACCCGCUGGCGCUGCGCCCGUGCGCGGCGGCGAUCCUAUGGGGAGAGGCGCCGUCCACCGCGUGCUGCGCGGGGCUCCGGGCGCAGAAGCGCUGCCUGUGCAGGUACGCGAAGAACCCCGACCUGAGGAAGUACAUCAACUCCCAGAACAGCAGGAAGGUGGCAGCCGCCUGCAGCGUGCCGGCACCCAGGUGCUAACUUGGUGUAAUCGUAUUUAUAAGAUUACGGUCUUCUCCGGAUGGUGUGGUAUGGAUCGAUCUCAUGCUCCUUGGGGCUUCAUCUCGAGCCUCGACUAUCAUCUUUUUUCUUUGGGUAGUGUUACCAUGUGAGAUUGCGAGUGUGUUAUGUGAUGUAUCCAUGUGGCAGAAGUAUUAGCUAGCUGUUAGGGCUUUCUGUUAGGUUAGUGUCUUUAGGUGGUGUGUUGUUUUAGCAGUGAUGGAAAAAUCAGAACAUUAAAAGUGGUGUUGUUCAUCUUCAUGCUUAAUGGAUCUUUUGUUCUCCUGAGAUUUUCCAGAAAUAAUAAUUUCGAAUUCACCUGUAUAAUAUA